ACACAGUCAUACAAUACAAGAUGGUCUGUAAGUACGCCCGCCUAGUCUACGAUUGCCAAUUGGACUGCAUUCGCAGCAAUUAUGGAGGUUUCCUUAGCCCAUCGACAGAAGACACAGUUCUUAUGCUAUGGUCCGCAACUUGUACAACCGCUGCGGAUCUAGUCGAGGUUUUAUGUCAUCUCGCAGGCACCUUUGGUCCUAAGGGACUAGAGGUAGCGGAUGCAUCGGACAGUGUGGCAUUGCUACAAGAGGCGCGCAAGGUUGCCGAGGAGAUGAUUAGUUUCCUGUCGGAUAAGCCCUAUUGUGCGCAAGAAGAGUCUAUGACUUCGGACGCAGUGCAGAUACCGGUUCGCAAGCAGAAGUUCUUGAUGAGCUUCAAGGCGCAUAUCGUUUGCAAAGCACUCGGAGACGUAGAUGCCGCUAUCGGUUAUCUAGAAGAUGCGAUCAAGUACUAUUCCGAGAGCCCAGAGAACCCGGUAGAGAAGUUGCAUGAGCUAAAAGCUGAGCGUGGAACGGGAAAUGAGGGAUCUGUUCCCAGGGUAGUACGAUGGACAAGUUAAAGUCGCGUUACAUAAGGCAUCGGCAAUGUA